AUGAGGAAGCAAACAACUGCGUUUCUUGCCGUUGCUGUGGUUUCUGGAUUGAUGUUUGUGUAUCAAGGGCUGAAGGCAAGGGAGCGAAGUAGAAGGAAAAGGGAAAUGCUGGAUGAGUAUGUGAACAAGGGCUUUGUGUGUAUGAGGGAUAAGAUGUAUGGGGAGGCAAUUGUUUGCUAUCUACGCUGUCUGGAGCUGCUGGAGAGGAAAGACAAUGCGGCGGUUAGUGUUUACAACAAUCUGGCAAUGUGCUUUGUAAGGAUUAAGGCAUAUAACGAAGCACUUGUGUAUGCAAACAAGUCGCUGGGUUUGAAUGUGCUGAACAACGAAAGGGCAUUGAGAUUGAAGUAUGAAUGCCACAAAGUGCUUGGGAUGAAGAGACAAGCAUUGUACGAUGUUUUUGUGUGUGGAUUGGUGACCAAAGAGGAAAGAUACAGGAAGCAAGCACAAGAAAUGCUAAGGAACGAAGCGGAUGUGGAGGUGAAGAGAAGAAUGGGUAGUUUUGAGGGUAGGGUGUCGAGGAUUGUGUAUGAAGGCUUGUUUAGCACGUUUCCUGAUCUUUUUGGAAGUGGAUCGCUUGUGAGUGAUGAGGUGAUUGAGCUGGUGCGAAAAGGGAGAUAUGAAGAUGCGAUUGCGAUGGCUGAGGACAGGAGUGAUCCAUUAUCGAAGUUUGUUGCAGCACUGGCGAAAUAUGCUGAGGGCAAGGAUGCAGCUGCGAUUUCACUGCUUGAGGAAGAGAAGAUGAUAUACUCGGUUGGAUUAAGAGAAUACCUAAAAGCAGUUCAUGGGCGUGUCCCGAUGGAUAUUGAUGACUUUGUGUCACAGAACAGCAGGAGUGUAGGAGUACUAUUCUAUGCAGCCAAGACAUAUCUACAUAUGAAGGAUAACGAAAGGUAUGAAAGGCUGAUUAGCCAGGCAAUGUGUGUUUGUGACUAUGACUUUUUGUAUGUAGACAGAAUAGUGUAUGAGGUUGGGAGAGGAAGGAACGAGGCAGCAGGUAGUGCUGUUGAAGAAGGAUUAAGGAGGCAUUGCUCGAGCAUUCUUAUCCUGACGAUUGGAUGCGAGUUCUACUUGAAGAAUGAGGAUUUUGAAAAGACGGCAGAUAUACUUACAGAGAUGGAGAGCAGCCAUGGGGCGGAUCCCAGAACGUUCCUGUUGAAGGGAGUUGUGCUGCAGGCACAGGGAAGAAUUGAUGAGGCAGAAAAGAGUUUUAGAACAGCAAUACAGCUGGAUGAGCGGUAUUUCAAGCCGUAUGUGUAUCUGGGAGGAGUUCUUCUGAGUAGGAACGACAAGAAUAGCAAAGCAGUAUAUGAGGCAGGGCUGAGAUAUGCAGUUAGAUAUGAAGAGAUGCUUGUUGUGCAGCAGGCUUUGAUUCUGAUUGAGGCACAGGAGAAUGUGAUGCAGAUGUAUCCUGAAGUAAAAGAGGUUACUUAA